CCGCCCCUCUACAAAAUUGCAUAAAAGAAUCUGUUUUGAUGUUGCGAGAUCCAAGAAAGAAAAAUCGUAGAUCUUUAAUUUGGUGGAUUCAGUUUAAGCUAAUAUCGUUUACCAAUCUCGUUUGAUUCUCUCAGUGCUUCCACCUUCCUCUUUAUAUUGAACAUGUGGAGGUUCAAACAUUUUACUCAAAAAGAACCAGCAGGGCUUGAAGGUCGCUCUCUUGAUGUUGGCAUUCUUAAGAUUCAUGUCCGAAAUGCCAUUGCGGAAGGAGGGUUUUCCUGUGUUUAUUUAGCUCGAGAUGCUGUGCAUGCAGCAAAGCAAUAUGCUUUAAAGCAUAUGAUAUGCAAUGAUGAGGAAUCGUUAGAAUUGGUGGUGAAGGACAUUAAUGUGAUGAAAGCACUCAAAAGGCAUCCCAAUGUUGUCACACUUUAUGCACAUACCAUCUUAGAUAUGGGAAGGGCAAAGGAAUUUUGUGAAAAAUCUCUGUUCAGUGUGCUGGAGAGCAGUGGAGCAGGAUACUUUGAGGAGGAACAGGUCCUUUCCAUAUUUAGAGAUGUCUGUGAUGCUGUUUUUGCUAUGCACUCUCAAUCUCUGCCAAUUGCUCACCGAGACUCGAAUGCUGAGAAUCUUCUGCUGGGGCCAUCAUCGUGGAAAUUGUGUGAUUUUGGUUGCACCUCUACAAAUCACAAACGCUUUGAGAAGCCUGAAGAAAUGGGUAUUAAAGAAGACAACAUCCGGAAGCACACACCACCUGCCUAUAGAUCCCCUGAGAUGUGGGAUCUAUUCUGGAGAGAUCUUAUAAAUGAGAAGGUGGAUAUAUGGGCGCUUGGAUGUCUACUCUAUCGCAUAUGCUACUUCAAGAGUGCAUUUGAUGGAGAAUCAAAGCUGCAAAUAUUAAAUGGGAACUAUCAUAUUCCAGAUUUACUAAAAUACAACUUGCCAGUGACAACCUUGAUCAGUGACAUGCUUCAAGCAUCACCAGAUGACCGACCAGACAUCAUGCAGGUAUGGUUUCGUGUUAAUGAGCAGCUACCAGUUAAUUUGCAGAAGUAGCUGCCUGAUGGGCCACCUGAAAUGCAAUCUGCUGCUGUACAUGGAGGUAUUGCAAAAACUGCAAAUAGGUCACCUCCAAUGCCUCAAAGAAGUCCACCACCUCCACCUGCAUCUAGGGUUGGGGGAGGUGGACAGCUUGGUGCUUUCUGGUCAACGCAGCUCGCAAAGGACUCACUGUUCGUCAAAGACAAGAGCAGACCUAACUUCGAUGAAGAAUCUAUACAUAACACCAAACGAGAGAGGAGUCACCCAGAGAAUUACAGUUUUCCCAAAAAUACUAGUCCUGCUAAGCAGGAAAAUGCACAGACCCAUCUUGCUGGCAGGAGGAAUGUGCGUAAUGUAAUGUAUCACAUGUGCCCAAGGAUGGUGCUUCCAAUGACUUUGAAUUAACCUUUUCUCAGGAAGAAACAGGCAUGGAAAGGCUGAAAGCAUCAAAACCAGCUGCCACGUGUUUAUUUCAAGAUGAGACUUUAAUACUUUUGAUACUGAAUUUGAUAGCAAUAAGCUCAGCUCUAGAGUUAGUCGUGACAAAGGGGGAAAAGGAAGAACGUUAGAGGCUGAAAUAGAGAAGCUUGAAGAGCAGCUGAAGCAGGUAAACUCUGAGAAGGCUGAAAUAACUUCGAAAUUUGAAAGGCUAUCUGCCAUUUGUUGAUCCCAGAGACAGGAGAUACAGGAGCUCAAGCAAACUCUAGCUGCUAGAACUCCCUCACCUAAUAAAUACCAAGCCUCACCUAGAAUUCAACCAUCUGCAAGUCCUCCGCAAGAAAAAUCUGACUGGAGUACCCUAAGCCUAGAGACAAAGUCAUGGCAAGCAUUUGCAGAUGAUAAGAAGUCACAGAAGCAGCAUCUUUCAAAAGGCAACAGUCCACAGUCCGUUAGAACCAGAAAUGCA